CAUCCUCCAACGAACCGAAGUGAAGAUAGCCUCAGAGACGGGCUGAUUGUUACCUGACGUCUCCAGUUGUAUAUCCUACCAGAAUGUCUCUCGAUCAGGACCUGACCACUCAAGCAAACUACGAGGAGAUCGCCUCGGAGCAUGUCGACCUCGACUGGGCGGUCGACUUUACGCAGCGAAUCAUCUCUGGUUCUGCCACGCACACGCUUGUCGUCAGGAAGCAGGGCGUAAAACACGUCAUAUUCGACACAAUCGGCCUCGAUGUCGAGAAGGCGCUGGUAGAGGGCCGGCCUGCUGAAUACAGCCUGGGAGCUGCACAUCCAGUCAUGGGCUCUGCAUUGCAGAUCCCUCUCCCUGCCACUCUGCAAGAGGGCGCAAAAAUAAAGGUCAUUGUCUUCUAUAAGACGACGAAGGACUGCAUGGCGCUUCAGUGGCUCGAGAAGGAGCAGACGCAGGGCAAAACAUUCCCGUAUCUGUUCAGCCAAUGCCAGCCGAUAUAUGCGCGCAGUCUCGCGCCAUUGCAGGACACGCCGGCAGUCAAGAUUACAUACGGGGCGAAGGUAUCCUCUGUGUUGCCGGUUCUCCUGUCCGCCAUCCGCGUCUCUCCCCCGUCUGACGGCCCUGCUCACGAUGGGAAGAUCAUUGGCAAGGAGACUGUUACGUACACGUACAAACAGCCCGUACCGAUCCCUUCAUACCUGAUCGCCAUCGCGGCAGGCAACGUGCGCUAUCUCCCGUGCCCCAAGGUCGACGGGAAGCAGUGGUCCGCCGGCGUAUGGGCGGAACCAGAAACGAUCGAAGCCGCAUACUGGGAAUUCGGGCAAGCCAUCAACAAGUUCGUCGUGACGGCAGAGACGAUUCUGCCGCCGUAUAGGUUCGGUGUAUACGACGUGCUGGUCCUCCCGCCGUCUUUCCCCUAUGGCGGCAUGGAGAACGCCUGUCUGACGUUCCUGACGCCCACGCUUCUUGUCGGGGACAGGUCCUUGGUCGACGUCGUGAUCCACGAGCUUUCGCAUUCCUGGUUCGGCAACGGUGUCACGCAAGCCAACUCGUCCCACUUCUGGCUCAACGAGGGCUGGACGACCUACAUGGAGCGCCUCAUCCUGCAGCUCGUGCACACCCCGGAGGAGCGCGGAUUCAGCUUCGUCAUCGGCGCAAAGUCCAUGUACGACGACCUCCAGCGCUACGUGGCGCAGCCGAAGUACCAGCGCCUGGUCAUCCCGUUCGAGAAGGGCGAGGACCCGGACGACGCGUACAGCAAGAUCCCGUACGAGAAGGGGGCCAACCUCCUGCUCCACCUCGAGCGGACCGUCGGCGGGCUGGAAGUCUUCCUUCCGUACGCGUAUGACUACGUCUCUACUUUCAUGGGCAGGAGCAUUACUACCGAGCAAUGGAAGGCCCACCUGUACGCCUAUUUCGAGAAGCACGGGGGCCAGAAGAAGAUCACGGCGCUGAACAGCAUCGACUGGAAUGCAUGGCUCAGCGGCGAAGGCACCGAGCUUCCGGUCAAGAUGGAGUAUGACUUGCAGCUCGCCGAACAGGCGUACGAGCUCGCGGCCAAGUGGGAUGCGUCCCGGUCUACCGCCGACGCCACCAAGCUUCCCUUCGCCUCUUCCGACCUCGAUGCCUUCGAUUCGAACCAAAAGGUCGCCUUUCUGGAACGCCUGCAGUCCUACCCAGCUCUUCCCGGGUCCCACGUCACCCUCCUCGGCAACCUGUACCAGCUCGCCGAGACCACGAACCCUGAGAUCCGCCUGCGCUUCUACGAGGUCGUCUUCCUUGACCCCACGUCUUCCGCUGCGACUGCGCUCGCGCCCGCGGCGGUGAAGUGGGUCGUUGGGAAGGACAGCACCGGCGUCGUGAAGGGCCGCAUGAAGUUCUGCCGGCCCGUGUUCAGGGACGUGAACAAGGUCGACCACGCACUUGCCGUGCAGGUGUUCACAUCGGCUAAGGACGAGUUCCAUCCUAUUGCCCGCCGGCUCAUCGAAAAGGAUCUCGGACUGGCGUAGCCGGAGAUGCAUGGUGCCGAAUCAACGAAUGAACGGGGUGAAGGCAGCUGGGUUACCCCGUGUCUCGCAGUCAAGAAGCGUGUACCAUAAGUGAAUACGAUAGUGCAACUAUGUACGAACAAUCCGCGUGCGUCUAAUAUGCCGUGAGCUACUUGAAGCCGCCCCAGAUGUCCCCAAAGGCAUCGUCCUUCUUUUGCAUACCAGGCAGCGGCGAGCCAAAUAUCUCGUUCCCGCCCGUGCUCGCACCUCCGGACGACCCCCACACAUCGCUGGUGGUGAAGAGAGACUGCUGCUGAACGGCUGGCUGUGCGGCCGGCGCGCCCCAUAUGUUGGGCUGUGCCGGAGCCUGUGGUGUCGUCCCCCAGCCCAUAGAGCCGCUGGCGGCGUGCCCGACCACGUUCGUUGACUGAGCUGCAGGCUGCGUCGCCUGCGAGUCCCAUGGGCUCCAUGCGGUCUGCGCUUGCGUGAGCUGACCGAACUGACCG